AUGCUUUCUCUCCACAAUUCCUUCAAAUCCCACCGCUCCAACAAGCACUUAUCCGAAUGCGACGGAGAGGACCAGCGGCCGAUUCUGUACGGAAACCCUCACGAAGACUCUAGCGAUCAUCAGGAGGUCAUCGUUAAAAUCGACGAGGGGAGUCCGGAUAUCAAUAUGCAGUCGGGUAUUCCGAUACCGGCGGGGGGCCGGGGGCCCGCCGGUAACAAUGUGUGGAGGGAGUCUAGCUACGAGUUCCUGCAGGAAGGGAAUCUUAACAAUGGCCGCGGGGGUGUUGGGGGAAGAGCAGUAGAGGAGUCGGGCUUUUCUUUACAGAAGCAGAGCCUACAGGAGACGAAGCAGGUCCAGGACCCUCCGUCUCGGCUGAUCAGCUUGUUCAUACAGAAACAAAAGAUAUCCGGUGCCGAGAUGGCCCUGGAUAUGGACCUCGAGAUGGAUGAGCUCAAGAAUCCAGUGGAGAAUGUUGGAGAGUCGAAGGAUCUGCGCGUUUCCUUUCAAGACGUUUCUACUGAUCCACCUUCCCGCCACUCCCAGGAGGAUUCAGAGGACGAUGACUCUGACACCUAUGACGAGGGGCGUGAAAGGCGCGAACUCUGCCGUGGUUCGGCUACCGUGAACCCUAGCGCGAGGGACGGCGGCACCGAAGUUGUGCACUGUUCCUCUAACUCGUUCUUCCACCGCAGGAGCAGCAUGCUGUUGAGGGCCAAGACGAGGUCUAGGUUGAUGGAUCCACCGAUUGUCGGCAGUGGUGGGACUAUCGAAAGGAAGUCGACUAGAAUGCCAAACAAAUCCAGCCAGCUCCCGCCGAGGUCAUCAGCCCAAUUGCCUCCGCGGCCUGGCCCGCCCAGAUCCGGACUGCUUGGCAAGUCAUCGGUGAUAGAGGAGGACGAGGAGGACCCCUUCGAGGACCUUCCUGAUGAGUUCAAUCGCACCAAGAUCGGCACCUGGACUAUACUGCAGUCUAUCGGCUUUGUACUAGUUAUUGCUGCUCUUAUUUGCAGCCUCACCAUCCACGGGAUCCAGCACCGGACCAUUUGGGGACUCGAUUUAUGGAAGUGGGUAGUUCUCGUCCUCGUCCUCAUCUCAGGCCGCCUCCUCUCCGGCUGGAUUACACGCAUCAUCGUCUUGUUCCUUGAGCGCAACUUCAAGCUUCGGAAGAGACUCCUUUACUUCGUGUACGGCGUGCGUAAUGCCGUUCAGAACUGUAUCUGGCUCGGCCAAGUAUUGAUUGCUUGGCAAUCACUGUUCGACAAGAAGGCGGAGCGGGAGAACAAAGCGCUUUCCUACAUCACAAGGAUACUCUUUUGUUUAAUUGUCGCCUCAGUAUUACGUCUCGUGAAGACUCUUCUACUCAAGGUCCUAGCUUCCUCCUUCCACGUUAGCAGAUAUUUCGAUCGAAUUCAAGAAGCUGUAUUCAACCAGUACAUUAUUGAGACGCUUUCAGGUCCGCCACUCGUAGAUAUACAACACAGCUUGGAGGAGGAGGAUCGAAUGAUUGCCGAGGUGCAGAAGUUUCAGAAUGCUGGAGCAACGAUACCGAACGACCUCAAGGCAGCAGCUAUGCCUUACAGGAACAGAGUGAUUGGUAGUAAUGGUGGUAUCUAUAGUGAAUCCAUUGGUUUGAGAAGCUCUCUGAUAGAAAAGAGUUUCAAGCUGUCCGGUGCCCUCUCGAGAACAGAUUUUAGUAGGCAACAGCCACGACAGGAGGAUGUUAUUACCAUGGAUCAGUUGCACAAGCUCAAUCAAAAGAACAUUUCAGCUUGGAACAUGAAGCGGCUGAUGAGAAUUGUGAGGCGUGGGACAUUAACGACGCUAGAUGAGCAGAUAACACAAGAGAGUGGGGAGGACGAGUCAACUUUGCAAAUUAAAAGUGAGCAUGAAGCGAAGAUAGCCGCAAGGAAGAUCUUCAACAAUGUUGCAAAGCAAGGCGCUAAGCAUAUCCACUUGGCGGAUCUAAUGCGAUUCAUGAGGGAAGAUGAAGCUCUAAGGACUAUGACCCUUUUUAAUGGGGCACAGGAUGAUAAUAGAGUCAGCAGGAGGGCUCUGAAGAACUGGGUGAUCAAUGCAUUUAGAGAUCGCAGAGCCCUUUCUUUGACAUUAAAUGAUACGAAAACUGCAGUGAACAAACUUCAUCAGAUGGCAAAUGUCGUUCUUUUCAUAAUACUAAUUGCUCUCUGGCUUCUUAUUCUGAACAUCACAACAACACAUUUUUUUGUUUUUAUUAGCUCUCAAGCUCUCUUAUUGGUGUUUAUUUUUGGCAACACGUUAAAAACCACUUUUGAGGCUAUCAUUUUCUUAUUUGUGAUGCAUCCCUUUGAUGUUGGUGAUCGUUGUGAAGUGAAUGGAGUUCAGAUGGUUGUGGAGGAGAUGAAUAUUCUGACAACGGUCUUUUUGAGAUAUGACAACCUGAAGCUUACAUUUCCAAAUAGUGUGCUUGCUACGCUGCCCAUAGGCAACUAUUACAGAAGCCCUGAUAUGGGAGACAGUGUCGACUUCUGUAUUCACGUCUCAACUCCUGUGGAAAAGAUAGCAAUUAUGCGGGAAAGAAUUACAACAUUCAUGGAGAAUAGGAAGGAUCAUUGGUACCCUGGUGCUCAGAUUGUUAUCAAGGAUUUUGAAGAAGUAAAUAAGUUGCAGGUUUCGCUCUGGAUGCGACAUCGCAUCAAUUUUCAGGACAUGGGUUUAAAGUGGACGAGGAGAGAACCAGUGGUACAGGAAAUUAUCAGAAUAUUAAAGGAACUUGAUAUUGAAUAUCGCAUGUUGCCUGUGGAUGUGAAUAUCAGAAACUUGCCUCCAGCCACCUCCAAUCGCCUCCCUUCCACAUGGAACACCUGCAGCUAAUGCCUAAACCUACAAACUUUAUGGAUAAUUACAUACGCAGCACUUUAAGUUUUGUUAUUUACAAAACUAACACCAAGGUGAUUUUUUUGAACUAUUGAACCAUUGCAUUUACAGGUGCCACUGAUCAAACCAUUGGGGAUAUGAUAAAAAUGAAAAAUGUGUAUCGUGCAUGUUGAACUUUUAGUGAGAAACUGAAAAAUGGAUGAAAAAGAAUGCUAAUUCUAUAAAUAGCAAUGCUUCGAGUGCUAUGCAUGUAAUUGCAUUAAAAAUGUUUCUUUUGUUUUGAAGAAAAGGCCUCUUUUGGAGAUGAGUGUUGGUUUUAGACUGGGAAUGAAAUUGUAUUAUUAAUAGUUUA